AAAGUACGCAGAUUAUGGAUACACUUCAGGAAUAUAUAUUUAGCACUUUAAACUUUCGAGUAUGUAGCUCCAUAUCCGAAGAUAUCAAAUGUUUAUGUAUAGAUUAUGUUUUACAAAGUAAAGUUGGUUCAGAUAUCAUUUUAUAUACAAUACUUCAUAGCGUGGCUAGAAGACUUGGUCUACGUUGCGAUGCAGUGAUACUUAAAUUUCAACGACGCUGUAUAUUUUGGAAACCAGAGUUCGUCACGAAUAAUUUAGAAAAUGCAAGAUGUUUUUACAUAAAACACGGGUAUUUCCCGAAUUGUCUUCAUGAUUUUCUACCAACUUACAAGCGUUAUAAAACACAUCCCGUCACCGCAAUAAAAACUGCACAGAUGAAGCACAUAAUAGAAAUUUUACAACAAUUUGAAUUGGUGCAAAAGAAUUAA